AAAAAAGACAGGUGGGAGGUAUAAUCUUGAAAGCUGGUAAAUAAAACAAUAAUUAAAUUUAAAAAAAUGUUUCAAAAUUAAAAAUUUAUUUAACUAUACAACUACUUUGUGCUAAUCAAAUUUAAUUUUAACAAUGUUUUGAUUUUUCUUUGAAGGGAAUUUGAAAUGGAUCAAGCAGUGCCAUCUACCUCUACUGGCCUACCGAUAGAUGAGAAUUACAUCUUAAGGAGACAGAAUCUGUUACAAGAGCUGCAGUCAAACUACCCAGACUCCGAUGAGGAUACCUGUUUUCCUGACAACCCACAAAGGAAAAGUUCUUCAGAGGACAAUGCACAGCAACUAAUUCCUGAUCCUCGUUUAGGAAAUAAUAGAUGGUGUAAAUGUGGACAUUGUUUAGUUAUGUAUACAAGUGAGGAGUGUGUUUGCUGUCAAGAGAUACCCUCAGUUGCUCUUGAAAUUCCUGAAGAUUGUGCAUGUAUUACUUACAAUCAGCUGUUUCACACCAUGUGCAUAGACCAAAGAAUAGCUGAUAUACAUUACCUUAUGCUUACCAACCAACCGAUUGCAGAGGAUAUACGUGUAUACCAUAGAAAUCUGCGGAGGACUGCAUACAGAAGCUUCACUUCAUGGAUACACGGUUUUCUAGGAAUAGGAGUACACAUUGCUAUACCAUCAUGUGCUGUUGCUGCUGUUCGUGAAGCUUUUCCCGACCCUAAAGAAAAAUAUGUGGGUUUCAUAAAAGUUAGGGAUUAUUGUGCCAUGGAUAUGGCUUUUGAUUUAUAGGACAGAAUUGAAAAAUGUUUUACCUUUACUUACUACAUUGCUGAGCAUUAAAAAUGCCAAUGUUAUUAUCUUCUCAUUAUGUUGUUUAAUGCAAUAAAGCAUAUUUAAAUCUGAUAUUGUAUU